UCCCACUGUGAUGUGUGAAAACGAAAAAACGUGCUGGUGUCACGUUCAGCUGAAUUUCUGUGCGGAGAACAGUACACGUCUUUAAUUCACAUUAAAUGAACACGGAGGCUAGCUGAGCAGGCUAAUAGCGCCAUAAAAUCUGACCGUGUGCCAAGUUAUGUCGUCCACAUCUCCACAAGUUACACCCACCCUGCUGCUGUAGUCUGCUCGCCUGUUGUCGCAUUUUCAGGCGCCGAGUCUUUAGACUUUUCAAAGAUGUCUCUGAGAGACAAAAGUGAUGAGGACAUCAGCAAGCUGCUUGCUGAGUAUGGCAUCAAACAUGGACCUAUAGUCGACUCUACUCGAGAGCUGUAUGAGAAGAAGCUUGAAAAAGCCAUGGAGAAGGCUCCGGUGAGACCCUCGUCUGAUAAGACCUACUACAGAGAGGAAGAGGAGGAAAUAACCUACAUCACAUACCAGAGUCCGGUUAGACAUGAAGCGUAUGGGGACAAGCUAAGACAAAGAGCCGGCGCUGAGCCAGAUGACGACGAGGAAUCGGACCAAGAGACAGAGGCCCCUGUCCAGAUCACUAACAGAACAGCCAAUCACAGCGCAGUGCGAUCCAGAGAGCCAGUCAGAAAGUCCGGAGGCAGCGUGUGGAAGGCGGUGCGGCUGCUGCUGCUGUUAGCUGUGGUAGCAGCUGUCUUCUACUACGCCUACUGCCGUGUGAUUAACAGUGAAGAAAAUCCUUUUGGGACUCAAUGAUCUGACUUGUUGUUAGGAUGUCAGGGUUGCUUUUCAUUCCAUUUAAGGUAUUUCUUGUGCAUUAAUGUUAUUUCUGGAGAAAACUGUUUUUCUCCUUGUUCUGAUACACAGUUUGAACACAUUCCAUGAAGCUUUAAAGGCUGGUGAUACUUAGUGUCACCAAAUCCUAUGAAAUGACCAAAGCCAGACAAAUUAUAGUCUGUGUAUCCAAAAGACUGAUACAUCGGAUUCCUCUGUGCCAUAGAGCUCCAUUGUUGUGAUCAUCAGUCUGCGUGAGGCUGUGAUUAUAUCAUGUUAUAGAGCUGAGUCUGUGUUGUGCAUGUGUUUGUGUAUGGUACACGAGUACUCCCUGCUUCCUGCAUAAGUGAAACACUAUAAAAAUACAGAACCAGAGAGAAGAAAGGUGCCAAACAGAAGGACAGAGUCAGCAUCAUCCUGUCUGUUUAAGAGUGCAACAAGAACACCAAACGUGUAUUAAUGUGCCACUGAAAGUAGUCCCAAACAAAUGCACUAUUUCCUCUUGUUUGAGUAAAAUCAUGUGUUUUUGAGCCAUUAAAGAUUCCCAUCCUCAGUAGGAGCCAGUGAGUGUGGGGCUGAGAGCCACACACAGAGCAGGAGAGUCAGCAUCGAGACGCAGACUAACAUGGUUUGUCUGGUCAUGGUUUUGGUCUUUUCAUGGGAUUAACUGACAGUAAAGCAGAUAAAGAUUAAUGCUAGCCGUCUCCUUCAAUUUCAUAGCUUUCUUGCAUAAAAUGUUGCACUGUG